UGAUGAACUGGUAGCACUGAAAACCGCUCCCAAUGUAGGUCAUCGGACCACAGCUGACGAUUCGGCGGACUUUUUUUGACAUGGCUUUUGGCUUCAUUCAUUAUUUUGACAUUUCGUGAUUUCGAUGUCAAGCGCUACGUAUUUCUUUGAAAAGGGUGAUUUUUUUACUGUUUUCGCUCAUUUCUCGUAUUUUUUUAAUCGGACAAGUGUUUAGGGAGGUCAGACGAAUACUCCGCCGGACGGGAUUCGAAGUCGGACACGAGAAAUUCCGCGAGAACCAUGUGACACGAAUACGAAAAAGCGCCUCCUGACCGUCAAUGUGACAGAAAUGUUUUCUGCCAUCGCGACGAGUCCGAGCGACAGCCACUGCAGAGCCCGAGCCGGCCCGACGCCCGAUACACGAACGGCGACGUAGAGCCCGGGCAAAAAUGAGCGCGAGAUGGCCAGCCCGCCACCGAACCCCCGAGAAGGCGAGGAGGUCGGCCCCGAGUUCGGCGAGGAAGCGAGCAGCAAAGGCGCGCCCCCCCCGCAGAAGAGGUUCAUAGCGCCGCCUGCCUCGCAGCUGCCUUCGAAGCUGCACUACGUGACGGUGAGCGCACCCGGACCUAGUGGCGUGAAAGCGAUCUUCCGCACGGUGAAGGUGCCUCGGCGCGUCCCCACGCUGGGUGGCACGCCGCGCGAGGAGCCCGCGGCGGCGCGGCCGGCGGCGCGUCGCGCCGGUCGCGAGCAUACCAAGCGCCACGUCUGUGCCACCUGCGACAAGCGCUUCUCUAGCCCUGGCAAGCUCAGCCAGCAUGUGCUCUCACACACUGGGGAGCUGCCUUUCUCCUGCGACCUGUGCGAGAAGCGCUUCAACACCAGGUUUAAGCUCGCCCGCCAUGGUCUCAUCCACAGCGAGGCUCGAGCAUUCGCUUGCAAUGUUUGCGGUAAGACUUUCAAUCGCAAAGAUCACUUGACUAACCAUGUUCGAGUUCACAAUCCUGUUAAGAAGCUGUACACCUGUGAGAGACCUAACUGCAGAAAAUCUUACACUUCUCUGAUGAGCUACAGGAAACAUGCUGCUCUCCACUCUGCAGAAGAAGGUAAUCUGCAGUGCAAGAUAUGUGAGGAGGUUUUCCCCUCUCGUCAAGAGAUAGUGCACCAUCUUAAAGUUCAUACAGGUAGUCGGACACUCAAAAGUGAAACUGAUAAAAAGUUUACAUGUGAUUUUUGCGAUAGGCGGUUUUUCACUGCAAAGGAUGUGCGUCGGCACCUUGUAGUGCACACAGGUAGGAGAGAUUUCUUGUGCCCUUUUUGUCCCCAAAAGUUUGGGCGUAAGGACCACUUGGUCCGACAUGUGAAGAAUGCACACCCAGAUGAGUCAUGGAAAUCAGCUGCGGUUGGCACUUCCAGUGAGCCUCCACCUGAGGCAUCUGCCUUUGAGGAGACAUAUGGUGACUAUCCCCUGGAAGGCACUGACUUUGGUAUCUGGAAACCACCUUCUCCAAAGGAAAGCCAGGCAAAGCGUCAAACAAGAGUACCAUCAGAAGAAAUCAUAGUGGAACUACCACCAUUAGAUCCUGCAGAUAUUAAAAUAGAGCCACUAGAUGUCAAGAUUGAGAACACCUUAGUGGAGGUGAAGAUUGAGGAGCCUGCGUCGCCAUCGUGCGAAAUCCUCGAGAAUGUGGAGUACCCCAUAUACAUGGUGCCACCGCCAUAUUCCCAGACGCCAUCUGACUUGCCUUAUCUAUCACCACAGGAGUUGCCAGACACGUUGCAGGCUCACUUGUUGGAUCCUGCCAAUGUUCAGUCCAUCCUGAUGGAUCCAGGGGAGGGACCUUCUGUUCUGUCCAGUGAAAUGCUUGGGAUCCUGAAAGAAAGUGAAUCAACUUAUACAGGCGAGGAAGGUCGCGUCCAGCAACAGAGGCUGCCAGCCUUCACGCAAGCCUUUCAGACGGCGCAGAGUCCGAAGCCCCCGAAGCCACCGCCCCCGCCCUAGUAAACUCGCCAGCCGCCGCCGCCACAACCCAGCCGCUUGUCUGAGCGCGGCAGACUACGUGACGACGUGCCGCAAGGUGAGAUUCCUGCAUUUAGCUUAUGUGAAUACCGAACUACCUCACUAGGUAAGGUUGGACUAAGCUGUAAAUAGUCUGGAGUGCAGUAGUAAUGAAAAUAUAAUAUUUUUGGACUUUAUAUUUCGACAUUGUAAGCGUAUCUUUACGGAAACUCGGGGACUCGUGCCCUGUUGUUUAAAUUGCCAAAUUGUAUAUUUGUACGUUUGAGGUAUACCAAAAUGUUUCCGAAUUCUACAUGAAUAUGUGAUCUAGUCGUGUAUGUACUUUCGGAAUUGUAUAUUGUUUAUUUAUAGCGUACAUGUUUCACGUUUAAAGAGUAUAAAUGGGACCAACUCUGUGAGCUGUUAGGAGGGAUACGGUUAAUGCUUAGUGAAGAAUUAAGUGGAGAGCGCGCAGGCGUUGAGUUCGUGUUCUGUGGUGUGGUGGACAGUGAUAUAGUAUAGUCAGCAGAAUUACUAGAGGGUAUAUGGCUCUUAAAAGCGGCUUGCUAUUAUAAUAUGUUUUAGAGAGGCUUGCCGCUUUUGACGCGAAUCGAAAUACAACGGAGCAUAUCACUUUCUGUCAAUGAGUUGGAAAUUCUGCCGGAGUAGAUUAACAUCAGAUCUGUCUAAACUAUCAUGAAAAUAUCAUCUAAGUGUAAGUGUUCAGUACAGAGUUAAAUGAAGGCUUUAUUGUGUAUAUCAAUAGGGUUCAAUUUCAUUCUAUUAUCAGAAUGAUAUCGAAGUCCUAUAAACUCAGCAAACAAGCAACAAAAUGCAAUAAAAAUAAUCAAUAUACCUCAGAAGCAGCAAUGCUUCCUUAUAGAAUAAUUAUAAGUCAUUUAGACAAUACUAAUUGGGUCUAAGUCUAAUGAGCAAAUUGUACACGAAUUUGGAUUGGUAGGAAGUUAACAUUAUCUUUUCAAUGAACAAAUGUGCCAAAAGCGGUAACGACAGGCCGACGCGUCACUAGUAUCGUAUCAAGCUACAUUUGGCUCGCGCGCUAAAUUUACUCUUUUUUUUUGCUCUUUGGACCCGAAAAUAAGCAAGUGCAUACAGCCGAAAGUUUUAGUAGUGUUAAGUUAACAUGCGAUUUUGACAGUACUAAAAACAUAGUUCACAUACAAAAAUCAUUUCUGAAACAGUGACCGCAAGAGCAAUUUGUCUUGGCAUAUUUUUAGAAUUAUAAGCCAAAUUAUAUAUUUUUUUAGUUAUGUCAUUGGAGUGUUUAUGUGUCAGGUGACUAUAGUGAGAAUUUAAACAACUUGGGCCAGAUGAAAUGGAAGGAUAUUACAACGGUAUUAUUAGGUGCCUUGCAUUUCUGGUAUUAAAUCUGUGUACACUACUACUCAUUACUAUAAUGAUUAAAAUCGGUUGGCCAUUUACUUUCAUUUCUAUGAUUCAUUAUAAAUGUUAAUGAUUUUUAAUACCAUCCAUUGGUGCUAUCGGCCAACUAGAUUUUUAAUCAACCUAGGGUCGCCUUUCUACCUCAUUUAAAGCUACAGCUCUCUGUAUUCCGUAUUUAUAAUGUCCAAGUCAGUAUGUGAUAAUGAAAUAGUAUGUUUCCAUUAUUGCUAUUUCUAUGGAUUAUUAAAAAACUUUUAGUAACAAAAAAAGCAAAGCUAUGUACAGUUUAAUUGAAGUAUAUAAGGGUAGUAUAUAAUAGUGACUCAAUAAUACCAAUACUUCAUCAUCAUGAUGCUUUUAUGCAAUUCCCAAGGGUCAUAGAAGAUUUGGAAAAUAUUUUUAAUCAUAUAUCAACAUUACAUAUUGAUAGCUUACUACCCAAUUUUGCACUUAAAACAAUAUACUAAAUGUUUUUUUAUUAUAUACAUAGAAAUAGUAAUAUAAUAUUUUUUUUAAUGAGUAGUAGUUGUUAGGCUGGAGAUCAAUAAAUAAUUGGAUAUCGUCAAAAUUGGACUGCAUUUGUGUAGUAAUUUGGAUUAGCCAAUUUGGAUGAUGGUUCUAUGUUGGAUUCCUGACACAAACAAAAAAUACAUCUUAAAGUUAAGUUUUAAUUGGUAAUUCGAAAAUAUCUUUAAUUUCACAUGAUAUUGAAUGUUUGGCGUCUAGUAAUGGAAUGUAAAGAAUUGUAAAGCGGAGAUCCAAUGUUGUAAACAUACAUAGAAUAUGUAAAUAAUUCUAAUCUUUUUAGGUUAAUAGGACUGUAAAAAAUUUAAUCUACCUCAAAAAAAACUUAUUCUUACUUCUAGAAAUUUAAUGAAUAUGUUAGGUUAGUGAGAGUUAGGAUUUUUUUAAUUUCUAUUUGAGAGAUACACCGAUCAUAGGGCAGGUUAAAUACAUCCAUGUUGUCUUAAUAUUGUUUAAUGUUAGUGUGUGCUGCAAUAUCGAAAUCUUUAUUGAUAUAAAACUUAAAAUAUGUAUGAUUAUUAUUAUUAAUUUGCUUUAUAUUUUUAUUAUGCUCUUUAAGAGCGGCCGUUGAGUUUGAUCCGACGUUACGAGCAUUUGAAAAAUUAAAAAAAAAAAAUAAGAAAAAAGAUCUGGCGAUGAAAGUUACAAUGAAAAAAAAAGUAGUUUUAGGAGAUACAUUCACAUAUUUUGAUAUGAAAAAUCUAUAAAAAAAUGGUAUAAAAAAUUCACAUACAUAUUUUCCUGGACGCAAAUAUCAGAAAAGAUUUCCGUGGAAAUGUUUUAAGAAACGCAUGUUUAUUUUGUUCAAUAAAAGCCUAAAUAUUUUUCAUUGACCUAUUUCAUGAUUACUGUGACAUAUUCAUGCGUUUUUAAAAACAUUUUUGCUAAUUCAUUCCGAAGGCGGUAGACUGAAUAUUAUUUUAUACUUAAAACUGUUUACUCACGAUCAACGAAAAUGCGAUCGCUUCAAAUACGAUAGCAUUCAACUUGAUUGUGUGUACACAGCAUUACACAAAUCCAUGGUUACUGGUCAAAUAUAAGUCCAAAAUUAGAUAUUCCCGUAUUUACGUGUCAAUGCACUCGUUUGCACGUACAUUUUUAUAUUUUUGUUUAGUCUAUUCAAGAUAAUUCUAUUUGCCAUGUAAAAGCUAUAACAACACUGUAUAGUGUGGGAGAGGAGACUGGGUUGGUUUAAACCAGUCAUACUCAAUAUUUUUUUAUAUGAGCGACAAGAAGUCUUUGUAAUGGUGCCUCGGGUAACAACGUUAAUUCAUUGACCUACUUAAGUAUCCAUAAAAGUUAAUUAAAAUUGAUGUUUUAUUUAUUUUAUUAAAAGUAUACAUAUUUAACGCAAUUCAUUAUCAUACAGAUCAAGUGGUAUAAGAUUUUUUUUUUAUUAGUGAAAUUAUGAUGGAUUAAAAGGUCCGGCGCGGCGCGCCGCAUGUGGCUCGCGCUUGCGUGUUGAGCAUAGCUGGUUUAAAUCCUUACAUUGAUUUUCAUAAAAAUACCACUCAAUAUGCAGUUAUGUUUUGGCGUGGAUUGUAUUCAUUACUUAAAGCAGAAUUUUCAAUUAUUUUUAUUAUAUAAUGAAAAAAAAAACAUUUUUAAGUUUCUAACCGGUAUCCAUGGUUGUUUGACGAUAUUCCGGCUACACCCUUAAGCACUAGUCAUAAUAUACAAUAGCAGCACAUAAUAUAUUCUCAAAAGGGCAGUUAUACUGAGUGAUAUUUAAAUAAAAUUACAAUAGACUUUGGUGUUGGGCUCAAUGAAAAUAUUUGUCACAGGGCUUUUGGUGCAGAUUAUUUUCAUUUUUUUAUGUCUAUAAAUAGUUUUGUAACUGUGUGGAUGUUUUUUGAUUCAUUUUGUACGAAAAUAUAUGCUAAUUAUAGUAUAUCACUAUGAUCCAUGGUUAGUGUUUUUAUUGAGCCCAAGCCGAUUUAAUUGGUGCAACCAAACAAGUACAAAUAAACAGAAAUAAAAUAAGAUAUAUUUUUUAUAGUAUUGAAAUAUUUAUACAACGAUUAAUUCAAUAUAUUUGUAAAAAUCCUUUAAGAUUAUAUUUUUAAAUUGGGAAUAUAAUAUGAAAGAGUAUCAUUGUACGGCCGUUUUGUUAACAUAGUAAGCGUUAAAGGCGAAUAUUGUUGAUAUAUGUUAUUUAUUUAACAGUUACUAUGCAGGUUUGUUUCUAUAAAAUCGUGUUAAAAUAUUUUAGUAAUACGUAUAUUGAAAGCUCGGAGAGCUGGAAUGAUAUUCAGUUAUAUUGUGUCGUGAAAAAAAAAAAUUAAUCAUGGAAAAACAAUGCGAAAUUCAUUUAUAAAUAAAUGAUUUAUGUAUUCUUUUUUUUAAUAUAUUUCCUGAGUAUGGUUCUUUUACUCACCUAUUUCAAAUCUUUGUUUUAUAUGUUUUAAAGAAUGUAAUGAACGAAAACCUGCUUAUACAGCUUUUGUCAUACGACGAUAAAUCUAUGUGUAUCUGUAAGUUUCGCAGCACUUAAAGUGUCACGACUUGUCCUUUAUAAUAUUUAAUGUACGCAUAAUUGUUAAAUUGUACCUACCCCCAGUUUUAUUGUUUUUUUUUUUGCGUAUAAUGAGUGUGACUCAUAUAUUUUUUGUAAUAACAAAUUAUGUUGUAAUACCAAAUACAUAAUUUUAUUAUAUUUUAAUUUUUAUUUUGUGCUUACAUCUGUAAAAGUUCGAAUAUUUUUUUUAUUAUCGUCUAAGUUUUGGUAACAGCAACGAAAGUGCUACGAGUAAGCUGUUGUACGUAAUAAUUUAUUGUUAAAACCAUGAAUACACAAAUAUUGUACAAUUAUCCCAAUCUUCAAUAUUUACUUGAUCAUUUUAUAGACUGAGUUGAUAUUUUGAUAUUUUUAUAAAAUCGCAAAUGCGUCUGUUGCUAUAAUUUUACUGUCCUUUUCCUAACAUAGCAAGUAAUAUUAGUACCUAUUGUCAUAAUGUAUAAAGACCAGUAUAGAAGCAUACCUACCUCGAAUUUUCUGUUGUAUUAUUUAAUUAUGAACUGUGAUUUAAUUACAACGGACGCAAAUGCGUAUUACUGCUAAACUACCUACCAUAUUUGCCUUAUAUUUUACUCGUAGCCAUAAAAUUAUGUAAAAUUGUUCAGUAGUUAUACGAUAUACGUAAUUUUGGUACAUAACUUAGGGGCCUUUAUAAAUUAAAAAUGUAGAUUGUUUGAAUUGUAAUGAAAAGAUAAAAAAUAAAUAUUUUUUAGAUAUCUAUGAUAUUUUUAAUAGAAUGGAUCUAUUUUUGUUACGCUUUUAUCGAGUAAUAAGGCAUUUCUUUUUGGAUGUUGAAAAAUUUAUACGUUUUGAAAUGUUACAUUACAGAAUGAACUGUUUUAUUUGGAAAUUAGAUUUUUAAUUAAUAUCUAAUAUUGGUAUUUUUAAAAUUCCUUUGGUGCUUUAUGUUACAAACUAAAUCAACUGGAAUAGAAAACAAAUAUUUUUUAUUUCAUUUAAUAUCAUUUUGAAAUCGUAUUAUUGUAAAUUCAAGAAUAACUUAGAUAAAAUAAAAUCAAGCUGUAAGCUUGUAACAUGUCGAUGAACUUUUUUAUAAUCCGUGUCUUUAUAAGUAUAAUUUAUUUUUCUAUUUUCCAAAUGAAAUGGCGUGAAUAUCAGUAAUCGGGUAAUGACAUCAAAUAUCCGCUGAAUGGCCUAAUGAUAAUAAAUUAUAAACAUUGUACCUGGUUUAUAAUAACACGAUGUAAUGGUCUUCAUUGUAAUAAAUAUUUGAAACAGCA